AUGACCACGGACUCGAUCACAUUUAAUCACAUUCUGGGACAGGGUCGCGUCAAUCAACUCGGCGGAGUUUUCAUCAACGGCCGCCCACUACCUAUCCACGUGCGACAUGCUAUCAUAGCAAUGGCAAAGAAGGGAGUCAAACCCUGUCACAUAUCGCGUCAACUCAAAGUCUCACAUGGAGCUGUGUCGAAAAUUCUGAAUCGUUACGCUGAAACUGGGUCCAUUUCUCCAGGACAGAUUGGUGGCUCACCGCGAGCCCGUCUUACUGUACAUGCUGUCGAGAAGGAGAUAAUCAUUGCUCAUGAAGAGAAUCCGCAUUUGAGUGCCGCGGAGCUACGUGAUGUGCUCGUCCAAAAAGACGUGUGUACCAAGGGGAACGCACCUACAGUACCCGCAAUUAAGCGGUUAAUUGGGAAAAAAAUGGAACGAAAACGACUGAGCUACAGUAUUGACAGUAUUCUGGGCAUUUCGAUAGGAGGCUCUUUUUUUCACAGAGAGCCCUUCUAUUACGGGGGGCCCUUUUAUUUUUCCAAGCCCCUCUCGGAGGGCUCUUCUAUUAGAGAGGCUUUUGACGACGACUGCAGUAAAUCAUCAUCGGAUGACGAGGACACGAACGACACGUCAUCUGCCUCCUCCUCAUCGGCCCGCCGAAAUCGUACAUCAUUCUCCGCCGAACAACUUGACGUACUUGAGACAUCCUUUCGAGCAUCCACCUAUCCAGACGCUCAAGCCAAAGAGCACAUCGCCAAGGAGACAGGGCUAUCGGAGGAAAAAAUUAUGACAUGGUUCUCUAAUAGAAGGGCACGGUGCCGAAAGAAUAUGCCCAUUUAUCAUCAGUACAAUACCGCGCACGGGUUUAAUGGACCACAGACAUAUCCUGCACUUCUCCCAUCUCCAAUGAUGUUUCUCCCCGGAUACGGUACUUCUCCGCAGCUGAACCCUCUAUUCUUCCAGAACAUUCUUCAAACCAGUCCCUCUUCAACCCAAUCCUCACCCCCAUCGAGCUAG